UUGGCCAUAAAAUCGCAAAGACGCACCAAAUUUAAUCAAAUUUACAUCAGAAUGCACUCUUCAAAAGUCACUUGUUAAUUAGUAGCAUGUGCGUUUACGGCGUACUGCAAUUAUCUCCUAUAAGCCGCAUGGCAUACCACCAACGAGGGGCACAGGAGUGUUUUGUUGGAAAUUGUCCCAUUAUUUUUGAACUGCUUGAAUUUUUUUUUCAAUUUUCUACUCUGGAAUCCCAAGGACAAGUCUGCCCACCAGCUUCGAACCCCACUGUGCUGACCGCUCCGGUGACCAUAGACCCUUGGCCUGGGGAUGGAUCGUAUUCUAGCGACUUGGACUGUCACUGGCAAGUGAACGCCCCCAACGGAGAGGUUCUGGAGUACUCGAUCGAUUCUUUAGACAUAGAGGAUGACAUAGACUGCUAUUAUGACUAUCUAAAGCUAACAAGUCAUUCUGGAGAGUCCCAAAUAUUUUGUGGAAGUACGCCAGUCAGUGGUACCUAUUACAGCCCAGUUUACAUCCAUUUUCACAGUGAUGAUUCUAUGGUUGGAUCUGGAUUUAGACUUGUAAUAACGCCAGAAUCCCAAGGACAAGUCUGCCCACCAGAUUCCAACCCCACAGUGCUGACCGCCCCGGUGACUAUAGACCCUUGGCCUUGGGAUGUAUCGUAUUCCAGCGAUUUGGACUGUCACUGGCAAGUGAACGCCCCCAACGGAGAGGUUUUGGAGUACUCGAUCUAUUUUUUAGACAUAGAGGAGGUCAAAGACUGCGAUUUUGACUAUCUAAAGCUAACAAGUUAUUCUGGAGAGUCCCAAAUAUUUUGUGGAAGUACGCCAGCCAGUGGUAACCAUUACAGUCCAAUUUACAUUCAUUUUCACAGUGAUGAUUCUAUUGUUGGAUCUGGAUUUAGACUCGUAAUAAUGCCAGAAUCCCAAGGACAAGUCUGCCCACCAGAUUCCAACCCCACAGUGCUGACCGCCCCGGUGACCAUAGACCCUUGGCCUGGGGAUGGAUCGUAUUUUAGAGACUUGGACUGUCACUGGCAAGUGAACGCCCCGAACGGAGAGGUUCUGGAGUACUCGAUCGAUUCUUUAGACAUAGAGGAUGUCACAGACUGCAUUUUUGACUAUCUAAAGCUAUCAAGUUAUUCUGGAGAGUCUCAAAUAUUUUGUGGAAGUAUGCCAGCCAGUGGUACCUAUUACAGUCCAAUUUACAUUCAUUUUCACAGUGAUGAUUCUAUUGUUGGAUCUGGAUUUAGACUUGUAAUAACGCCAGUGUCGCUUCAAAACCUGGUGACGGGUUCCGAGAAGGUUCUACCAACGGAGGCAAACACAGUCACUCCGUCACAAACUGAACAGCAGUCUUCAACACCACCAAACUUCGAUGCCUCAAGCUAUAUCCCAAUCCACAGUGGACAACCGUCUCUAGUUACUGGUGCUUCCGGCUCACUUCAGACGACACAACCUUAUUCAGCACGGGCCAUUGUGACAACAACCAAUACACUGUCAACGUAUACCAUGUCUCAGAUGACGCCAACACCUUCAGAAUUUAUUACAUACCAAUCUAUUCAACCAUCACCAAGCCCAGAGUCACUUGAAUAUGUCUCGUCGCAGUCCAUCACCUUAAAUGAGCAAUCAGCAACACAUCCGCCCACAAUGCCGAACAAAGUCACUUCCCCUGCCACUGCCGGUCAGGUGAGCCAAAAGGCUAAAGAAAUAGCAAGGAGGUUGGCGGCUGCCGUAGUCGGGGGCACAGCAGGAGCCAUAGCUGUUAUAAUAAUUAUAACACUGGGAGCGGUUUUAUUCAUCAAAUGGAAAGGACGCCAAUCUAACGUCGUCCACACAAUUUCUAACCGUGAUAACUUGACCAUGUGAAAAUUAUCACCUACUUUAAGGGAUUGACGGAAAUUCCAAAUGAGGAUGUUUCCAAAGUUGCACCAGAUCCAUAAUGUGCAGUGUUCAGAAGUUUGAGCGACCAGAUGUCAGUUGUGUUACAUAGAAAGAGUACAUAGAAAGAAGUGUAAUUCAUUUGAAGACUCCAGGACUUAGUUUUGCAAUAUGUUAAUAUCGAAAAUGCUGGAAACGACUUAUGAUUUUAAGCGCAAGCACGAAAGGAGCAAAAUUUCAUUGGGGUGAAACCAGAUCGGACCUUCAUGAUAUCAUGAGUACUCCAGUGUGAGAAUACAGCAGUGAUGUUAUUAUUUGUUCCGUAUGUAAUGAUCUUUAAUUAUUCUUCUUCCUUUACUGUCAACUGUUUAACAAAUUUAAAAUGCUUACCGUGCUUGCUCAGUAAAUACGGUGAUUACUUAGAGAAAAAAUCCCAUUAAUAAACCAGAACUGGUCAUCUCUGUCCUCUGCCUGAAAA